AUGGCACCUCCGCCCUCAAGCAGUAACCGAGCCCAGGAGCUUGCCAACAAGUGGAAGGCCGAGACCGAUGCCCGCCAGAGCGUCAACUCCAGGGUCAACAACUUUGUCUCUAACCGCGACUACAACAACUUUGCCGUCGAGAAGCGAGGCCGGUUCUCCGCCCGCGGAUUCCAGUUUGUGAUUUCGCUGCUCAACUUGGUCUUCCUCGGCCAACAGGACAGCAACCUCCUGACAUUCUACGGCGUUCGGGGCGCUAUCAUGUUUUCAUGGAUCAUCUCGCUGCUGUCACUGCUACUAUCCGUCAUUCUGGUGCUGAUCUACCUCAUGCCGAUCUUCAAGAAAUCCUUCACCUCGAUCCGCAUUCUCAUCUUUGAGACAGCUAUGGACGGGACGCUCAUCAUUGGCUGGAUGGCGUCGUUCCUGGCCGAAGUCAUCCCAAUGGGCGGCAAUUGCCCUCCCUUCAAGUCCGGCAGCUGCGACAGUUUCAACUGGGUCUUGACUUGGUCCUUCUUCAGCAUCGUCACCGCCGGGGCCGCCCUCUGGUUCGACUACUGCAGCAUUUACUCCGGCCUGUGGUCCCAGCCCGAGCCCGACCCGGAGAUCCAGUUCGAGGUCCGACGAGCCACACGCACUGGUCGACACUGA